AUCCCCCCACUCCUCUUCAUGCCAUGGACUCCCCUCCGAUGCUGUACUCUGUGAAGCUCUACGUUUACGACCUGUCCAAGGGCAUGGCUCGGCGCCUCAGCCCUAUCAUGCUCGGGAAGCAGCUGGAUGGCAUCUGGCACACUUCCAUAAUUGUCCACAGGGAUGAGUUCUUUUACGGAAGUGGUGGGAUCUCCAGUUGUGCACCUGGUGGGACGUUGCUUGGGCCUCCAGAUUCUAUUGUAGACCUGGGAUGCACAGAAGUUACAGAAGAUCUCUUCCUGGAAUACUUGGCCUCAUUGGGAGAAUCUAUAUUCAGAGGAGAAUCUUACAAUCUUUUUGACCAUAACUGCAAUACGUUCAGCAAUGAAGUGGCUCAGUUUUUGACAGGGAGAAAGAUCCCUUCCUACAUCACAGACCUUCCAUCUGAAGUCCUUGCAACACCCUUUGGACAAGCUUUAAGGCCCCUCCUUGACUCCAUCCAGAUCCAGCCACCUGGAGGAAACACUUUCAGCAGACAUAAUGGACAGAGCUAGCACAUAUGGUGGGAAGUGCCUCCGUUCACCAGGGCUUUCCCUUUUAAAACCCAAAUGUACCAGAUUCCUAUUUUAUGAUUUCAUGCCAAGAGUUAACAGCAAGAGGGUGCUCCAGACCGUCCAGCAAGAGUAGCUACUGGAUUGCAUGUGAUAUGAUGCUGCC